AGUAUCAGACCACCCACAGAACGGAAGGCUAGGUAGGAUGCAUGUAUACGAGCGGGCUGCUGGCUUUGCACCCUUCAAGUUAUGUAACGUUGGCCGACCGCUCAUCCAACAUAUGCCGAUUGUGUAGCGGGAAGUUGUCGUAGUGGGCAAAAGGGGUCGGAUAAUACUGAGUCCACACCACCAUGGAACAUUGCUAAGUUCCCUAUAUAUUGUCCAACUCGCACGUUAGGAGGUAACACGCCCGGGCAGGCAGGAGAUAGGUCUCAGGUGAUCGUACGUUCAUGCUACGUUAUCCUCCACGGCGCAGUCGAUUUGUGCGGCUAUCCAUUUGGACUUUCGCUCAGGGAUACAGGGCCAACAGUAAGGCAUAGACGCACAGAGGCGCCUAAUGUAUGAGUUUGAAGCGAUCGCCUUUUACGCGCAUUACACUGGUAUGCAAAGCUGCAGUCACCUCGUGCUAUGCCAGGUACCUAAUGCUGGUGCUACUUGGUGAACCCACGGUGGCUGGACGGUGGCUAGGUAUACCUAUUUAUCCGCAAUUGGACAUCUGCCCAAGUCAGGCCAAGUACCCACCACCCAUCCGUGUACCUAUUGCAGCCUCCUAACCCGGCCUAUGUGCGUACAUUGGGUGCAUAGCAUAGUAAUGCAUACGUCGACGGAUGGAACGGUCGGGGGAGACGUGCACAAGCCUCC